AUGUCUGCUGCUGUAGUGUUGUUGCUCCUCUUCUUUUCUUGCGUCACGUCAAAUGCAGAUGAAGUAACAAACUUCCAUAUCAGCCUAUCAUCUUCUCUAACACCUUCCACCAAUUCUACAUGGAUCUCACAUUCUAAUAAAUUCGCCUUUGGGUUCUACCCCACACCAAAUGGCUACGCCGUCUGCGUCUCCUUCACCAACUACUUCGACAAAAGCAGAACCGUGGUGUGGACUGCUAACACGGACGAUCCAAUCGUCCCAGACAACGCUGUCAUGCUGCUAACUGAAGAUGGCCUAGUUUUAAAGACAUUUGAUAGCAGUGAAACAAUCUCUAUAAUUGGCAAGUCUUCCCGGCCUGUAGGAGGCGCUGCAAUGCUCGACAGUGGCAACUUCGUGCUGUUGGAUUAUCGUGGCAGCGUGACGUGGCAGACGUUUGAUCACCCGACAGACUGCAUUGUGCCCGGGCAGUUCCUCUCACCGGGCACUCAACUGUUAUCCCAUGCCUCAGAGACAGACCUCAGGAAAGGUAUGUUCAGGCUCAAGAUGCAAACUGAUGGAAACCUCGUGCUCUACGAUUCAGACAGCCUAGACGUGACCAGAGACGCUUACUAUGCAUCGGGGACUGCUGGAAGGGGAAACAAAACCUGCUUGAUUCUUCUAAAUGAUGGUCAUCUUUUUCUCUUUGAUGGAACUUCUGUUGUGAUGAAUAUAACCGCAGGAGGGAGCCCUGCAUUCGAGGUUCUGUAUCUAGCGAGGAUUGAUCCUGAUGGAAUUUUUCGCGUGUAUAAUCGCUCAUGGCAGCCAGAAGAUGAUUGGAGGCCAAUGUGGGCAGUAAGUGAUGACAAAUGCUAUCCCAAAGGUGUAUGCGGGAUCAACAGCUACUGCAGUUACAAGGAUGGAGAUGCUGCUGACUGCAGAUGCCUCCCUGGGUACAAUCGCAUCAGCUCAGUAGUCGGCUGCAUCUCCAACCUUGUCGUGGACUGUUCGGACAACGAUCAGAGCAGCAAGUUUGAGAUGACGAGGAUUCAAAAUGUUACAUGGGAAGACAAUUACUACAGUGCUUUGGAUGUGAGCAGUGAACAAGGCUGUAAAGAGGCUUGUUUGAAGGACUGCAGCUGUCGUGUGGCCUUGUAUCGAGAUGGACAAUGUCGGAAGCAGAAGCUUCCUCUCAGAUACGGGAGAUGGCAGACGGUUAUUGAGGAUGUUGCUUUUGUUAGAGUCGCCAAUUCUUCCACGGCCGCAGGUAACAAAGUAUUGUGCUCAAGUUUGUAG